AUGGAAGGGUUUCUCAACAAUUCCAUAAGACAAUACUUUGAUGGUACCGAUUAUGCGUAUUGGAAGCAAAAGAUGGAGAAGUAUCUUGAUAAUGAAAAUGUGAAUCUAUGGCAAUGCAUAAGGAAGCCAUGGGUGUGUCCUACAAAUCUUGUUGAUGGUGUUGAGGUAAAUAAGUCAAGAGAUGCUUGGACUCCCCUUGAGGAGAUUGCUUACUUGAAGAACAACAAGUGCAUGUCCACUCUCUAUCAUGCACUCUCUAGAGAAGAAGGAGGAAAAAUUCUUCAUUGUCAAACCGCCAAAGAAAUAUGGGUUACUCUUGAGAAUCAUCAUGAAGGAACUAGUGAAGUGAAGUUCAAGAAGAUUCAACUCCUAACUCAAGAAUAUGAGAUGUUCUUCCACAAGGCCGGAGAGAAGGUGACCGAGAUGACCAACCGACUUCUCAAGAUUGUUGAUGCAUUAAGAAAGUAUGGGAAGCACUACUCCAAGGCGGAUGUCAAUAGAAAAAUCUUGAGGUCUUUGCCAAGGAGUCUCUAUGAGUCAAAGGUUACUUCCAUUGAGGAAGCAAAUGAUCUCACAAAGCUCAACACCGAUGAGCUAAUUGGUAAGCUUCUUACCUUUGAAAUGUACAUUGAAAAGGAAGAGCCUAAAGAAGAAAAGAAAAAGGUGCUAGCUUUAAAGGCCAAGGAGACCAAGACCAAAGAGACCAAGGCAAAGGAAGCUAAGGAGUCAAGCUACUCUAGUGAUGAUGAGUUUCUUGAGUUGGACUCGGAUGAUGGGAGUGACAAUGAAAUGGCCUUGUUCACCAAUAGAUACAACAACUACAUCAAAAGAAAGCAAGAUAAAAGCAAGAGAGAAUUUCACAAGAGGCCCUUCAAGAAGGAGGAUGUGAAGUGCUAUGAGUGUGGCAAGAAAGGCCAUAUGAGAAAUGAGUGCAACAACAAUGAGAAGAGUCCACAAAGAUCACAUAGGAAAGAUAAGGAAGUCAAGAAAAGGGCUUACAAAGUGACAUGGGAUGACUCUAGUGAAGAGGAUGAGGACUAUGAGAGUGAAAGAGCCAACAUUUGUUUUAUGGCUAACAUAGAGGAAGCCUCUUCCACCAAGGUACAUAAUGACUCCUCUAUCUCUUCUUCUUCUAUUGAUGAUCUCUCUACCCAUGAUCAUGAAAGUGAUAGCGGGGAUGAGAAGGUGGAAAUGAUGAAAACCUUGGCUGAGAAAGUCAAUAGCUAUAGGAAAAAAACUUUGAAACACAAGGAAGAUUUUUCCUUACUUGAGGCUAAGAUUAAUGAUUUUCAAAAACAAAUAGAAGGCUUGGGUUUCGUGGCUAGUAACUCAUCAUCUCCACCCUCUAGAACCAUCUUCAAGAGGGCUAGAACGAAACAAUCUUCUUCUAUAGAUGUGAAGUUCACAAAGGAGACAAUACCCUCUAGUCCUUCUAUGACUAGGAUGGAUGUUGAUUCUCACAAAGCUAAGGCCAACACAUCUAAGGAUGAUAAGCCUAAAGUUAACAAGCCAAGCAUUCCAUCAAAUGCUAAGGCUAAGGACACUAGACCAAGCAUUCCCAAGAAUGCUAAGCCUUGA